AGCGAGCGGCGGCGGCCUAAGUCCGCCGGCCAUGGCGGGUGGGUGCGGGCGGCGGCGGGUAGUUGUGUGCGCGGUGGCGUUGGGGCUGAGCGCGGCGGUGCUGGCUCUAACGGCCGUAGUGUUGCUCCGCGCCUACGUGCUGCGCUCCCCGGCCAUCCCGCGGCUGUGGGCGCGGCGCGGGAGCACCGCCGCUUUCAGUGCCAGCGAGAGGCGGGAGCUGAAGGAAGCGCUGCGAGGUGCUGUUCGAAUCCCGACUGUUUCCUUGUCUUCGGAGGACUUCAACACAACUGCCAUGGCAGAGUUUGGGGAUUACAUUCGGAAAGCCUUCCCAGCUGUCUUUUCUUCCAAGUUCAUUCAACAUGAAAUCAUUGGGGAGUACAGCCACCUCUUCACCGUUCAGGGUUCUGACUCUGAAAUGAUGCCCUACAUGCUGCUCGCACACAUGGAUGUUGUGCCCGCUCCCCCUGAGGGCUGGGAUUUCCCUCCUUUCUCAGCUGCAGAGCAUGAAGGUUUCAUCUAUGGACGAGGAACGCUGGACAACAAAAACUCUGCCAUUGGCAUUCUGCAAGCUCUAGAAUUCUUACUGAGAAGAAAUUACAGACCCCGCAGGUCUUUCUAUGUUGGCAUUGGCCAUGAUGAAGAGGUGUUUGGUCAGAAGGGAGCACUGAAGAUUGCAGCUCUGCUGGAAUCCAGAGGAGUGAAACUCUCCUUCUUGCUGGAUGAGGGAAGUGCUAUACUGGAUGGCAUCAUUGCAGGUGUGAAGAAGCCAGUAGCUCUAAUUGCUGUGACAGAGAAGGGUUUAAUGACACUGAACUUCACCGUGGAAAAAGAGCCAGGACAUUCAUCCUUCCCUCCAAAAGAGACAAGUAUUGGCAUUCUUGCAACAGCAGUGUCCAGACUGGAGCAGAAUCCCAUGCGCAGUCUGUUUGGCCAUGGUCCGGAACUCAUGACUAUGGAGCACCUUGCAUCAGAGUUCAAUUUUCCUCUCAAUCUCAUCAUGAGCAAUCUCUGGCUGUUUUCGCCUAUUGUCAGCAGAGUUCUUGCCUGGAAACCUUCCACUAAUGCCUUGAUUCGAACUACUACAGCAGUCACAAUGUUUAACGCAGGAAUCAAGUUCAAUGUCAUCCCACCAUCUGCAAGAGCAACUGUGAACUUCCGGAUCCACUCUGGAGAGAAGGCCAAAGAGGUGCUAGAGACAGUUAGAAACACAGUUGCGGAUGACAGAGUGAAGAUUGAUGUCAUAGAGGCCCUUGACCCCCUACCCAUCAGCCCAUGGGAUGACCAGACCUUUGGAGUCCAUGUUUUUCAAAGAACCAUUCUGGAUACUUUCCCAAAUGUUGACAGUGUAGUCCCAGGCACGUGUAUUGGAAACACAGACAGCAGGCAUUUCACUAACGUCACAAAUGCCAUUUAUCGAUUUAACCCAGUGCUCUUGAAGUCAGAUGAUCUUCCCAGGAUCCAUGGGUUGAAUGAGAGAAUCUCGGUUGAGAGUUAUGAGAAACAGGUCGAGUUUCUCUUUCAGCUCAUUAAGAACUGUGAUGUUGACAAGCUUCCGGAGCCUCACGCAAACUCUCAUGAGCUGUGAGACAAAAACCCAAGAUGAACAGCUACUGUGGUGAACUGUGGGAUGGCAGAGAUCUGGGCCAUGAGCAGCAGUUGUGUGUUGCGUAUUGGGUGAUGUCUGGAGUGUGGUUUUACAUGCUGUGGUUUACAUACAGAUGGAAACACUGCUGGCUUGCAGCGCCAGGCAAACAUACAGUUUGCUGUUAAGUGAUAAGAAUAGGGACAAAACACAACCACCCAGAUUUCUGUGCUUCCCUGGCCUUACAUGCAGCCAUUAAUGUGACGUUACUAAUUUUUUCAGCAUUUUCUUCAGUCUUUAAGCCUCUGAAAUUGGAAGUCACUUAAAAAUCAAAGCUAUAAUUUGUAGUCAUUCAUGCAUCGUUAAAAGAGGCUGAUCUUCCAAUGUGUGCUUUUGACAAAGUUGUCUUUUUCAUUUAAUUAGUUUUCACAAAUGAUGUGCCUGUCAGAAGCUCAUGUGAGGAGAGCGUGAUAGGGUGUAGGUUGGAUGUCAUUGCAUACAGCUGCACUAUGAGGCUGUUGCACUGCUGGUGGGGUGGGCUUCUUUCCCGGCUGAUCCUUUCAACCAGCAUCAGUGGUGCUCUCAGGUGAUGCCAGGUUGAACUUGGUACUGCUGUUUUCUGACUGCAUUCUGAUUGUAGCUUAAAAUGUUGAGCUCUGAAGGCUUUAGCUAUGUUGCUUUAACAUAAGUUACUCUGAUCUAUGCAGUGCUAGAAACUUUUCUUCCUGUCUUUUCUGUGACUCUCUCUGUUUCUCUCUAGUAAGGCUCAGGGUACGUUGUGAUGCUGAGUGUCCAAAUAAGGAAACGUGGCUUUAAACAGGUAAACUAAACCAGUACUGACUGAUCAUCCCAUUUCUUUUUUCACUGAAUCUGUUUCUGUAACGUUCCUCUUUUGUUCCCCAGAGGACUUCUUUGUGAAAGAUGGUGAAGCUCUCCCAUUUCCUCCAGUUCAGAGGGAGCAGAGCCUUCUCUCCACCUUCAUGACCUACUCUACCAUUUCUCACUUUACCUGCUGCUUCUGUUGACUCAGCUCUCUGGGAAUCCUUAUGUGCACAGGCCAAUGGCUGUCAGCAUUGAUAUUGGCUGUGUUUUUAUUUCUUCUUGCACUAUCACCAUCUUUGUUAGCACUAAAGGGCUAAGCAUUCUUUUGGCCUCAACAGUCUGUUCAGUUGGAGUUACUAUUAUUUGUUAAAGAAUUCAGAACUAGGCAUUAGCCAAAGAAAAGACUGUGUGAAGGCUGUUUUCUUGCACUGACACGCAGACUCUGCUGUACGAAGGAGGCAAACCUUCUCCUGUUGCACUGUUGCAGAGAUGUGUCUCUCUCUUUCAGAGUGUGAGUGGUACACGGGAAUUGGAUGUUGUUCUGCUCUUAAUUCAUUGUGUAAAAUGUACUGGGAUGUGCAGGAAAUACCCAGGAAUGUAUCCUGAAAAACAGUGGUACUGUGAUUCCUAAUACCCAUUCACCAUUUUCUAUUUAUUUGCAGUCUGAUCUUAUCACUAUUGCCAAUGGGCCGAACUGUAUCAAGCUAUUAAAUAACUGAAACCAAAUCGGUACUUUUAUCUAAUAAAGCAACAAAUGCA